UCAAAGGGAAAAUAAAAACAUGUCCCAAAGGAUCAUCCUGCACCAUCACAAAUGUUUAUCUAGAUGACAGUGGGGAGUACUGGUAUGAGAAUGAAGAAGGGAUCAGAAGCAACAGUAUCAACAUCUCUAUCACUGCUGGUUCUGUGAUCCUGGAGAGUCCUGCUGUUCCUGUGAUGGAGGGAGAAGAUGUGACCCUGAGCUGCAGAAAUAAGUUAACUCCCUCAGACUUCAUGGCGGAUUUCUAUAAAUAUGGAGUCCACGUCAGGAACAACUCAACAGGAAGCAUGACCAUCCACAAAGUUUCAAAAUCUGAUGAAGGACUUUAUAAAUGCAGCAUCGUAGGAGCUGGAGAAUCACCAGAGAGCUGGCUCAGUGUCACAGAGACCAAGACAGACCCCUCGUCACAGCCUGGCUGUCAUAUUUACCUCGUCUUACGGACUGUGUUCACCAUCGUAAUGGUGGCUCUGCUGUUGCUGCUUGUGGGACUUCUUUGCUCUGGGAAAAUCAGAGCCACAACACCUAAUUUAAACUCAAUCUCAUGAAAUUGCAACUGUUAUGAUACAUGAAACAGAGCAGGCAAUGGUUAUUAUGAGUAACACAGAUAGACAAUAAAAAGCUGUCCUCCAUUCUUCACUGAUUGAUAUAUUAAACAAU